AUGUCAUUCAAUACCAGAAAUUUAAUACAUAUAGCAGUUUUCAUCAUCUUUUUGUUUUAUUCCGAUGAGGUAUCCUUGAACGGAUAUUACACAUCUAAACUCAAGAACUACAAUCUUUUAGUACCCCACAAAUUGACAAAGAGUGGAAAUUUUUUAUCAUUUCACGUUCCACAUUUUUUCAAGCAUAAUUUUCUCCAUUCAAGAAAAAAGAGAUCACUGGAUGAUGAAGAUGCUGUUAAUUAUGGAAUAAGAUUUUUGGAUAAAAGCUACCAUGUAACAUUGUGGCCUAAUCAUGAUUUUAUUUCGCCUGAUGCUGUCACAGAAAAAAGAAGUCCUAGACAGAAAAUACGAAAGAGAGAUAUAAACAAGAUUGAUACUGAAAAACUUUGCCAUUUUACAGGGGUAGUUCGGAAUAUCCCAAAUUCAAGAGUAGCAUUUUCGACAUGCAAUGGUUUGGCUGGUUUUAUGAACGUCGGUGAUAAAAUCUACUUUCUUGAACCAUUAAAAAACCAUCAGGCGAAUGAAAAUGGUCAUCAUCUCCACGUAAUUUAUGAAGGGAAAGAUAAAAUCAGAGGUAAAAAUUGUGCGACAUCUAGAGAUUGGGAAAGUUCUUGGAAAAAUAAUAUCAAAAAACGAUAUUGUUCAAAAAAACUCAAAAGAGAAUCCAAAGCACUGGAAGAUGUUGACAGAUACCUUGAAUUAUUAAUUGUUUGUGACAAGAAAUUCAUCACUUACCACAAACGAUUGCAUGAGAUUGAAACUUAUAUUUUAACCAUUGUAAACAUGGCAUCUGAAUUAUUUCGAGAUCCAAGUAUCGGUUUCGACAUCGAUUUGCAAGUAGUGAGAAUCAUUUAUUUGGAAAAAGAGCAGGAAGAGGUGGAUUUGGCUAUAACGAAAGAUGCUAACACUACCCUCAAAAGUUUUUGUAAUUGGCAGAGAAAAAUAAAUCCACCAGAUUUGAAAAACCCGAAUCAUCACGAUGUGGCUGUUCUCCUCACCAGGCAUGAUAUUUGUGGAGGGAAUUCUACUGAUUGUUCUGUUAUGGGAUUGUCAUAUAUUGGAACACCCUGUAUGGAGGAGAAAUCGUGCGCUAUCAAUGAAGACAACGGUCUUAUUCUAGGAUUCGUCAUGACCCAUGAAAUAGGUCAUAUAAUGGGAUGUGCUCACGAUGAUCCAGAUGAAUCGGGAUGCAAAGCUAAAGAUAAAGACGGUUCCUUUUUCAUCAUGUCGCCUGUUGUACAUAUCCAUACGAUACGCUGGUCACCCUGCAGUAGAGCCUUUGUUGAGGACCUAUUUGAAAAUGAACUGGCAGAAUGUUUGUUCGACAAACCGGAUAUUUCUCUGUACAAGCAGACAAAUAUUUUACCAGGAGUCAUAUAUGACGGUCAAGCCCAAUGUGAAAUGAGUUUUCCUGGAUCUCGUUUGGAGAUUUCAGAUGAAGAAACCUUUUGCGAGAAGUUGUUCUGCAGACUCAACAAUUCUAUGAGUGUUAGUACUGGCGAGAGUGCUGUUGAUGGUACCAAGUGCGGGGAAAAUAAGUGGUGUUUUCAAACCAAAUGCAUCGAGGCUGGCCAAAGACCAAAAACAGUAAACGGAGGUUGGAGUGAAUGGAGUACACCAACAACCUGCUCUAGAACCUGCGGAGGAGGUGUUACGAUGAGCGAAAGGCAGUGCAACAAUCCACCACCUGCGAAUGGAGGACGGUUUUGUACUGGGGAGUCGCAAAAGUUUUGGAUUUGUAACACAGAUCCAUGUCCAUCCGAUGAGCUAACGUUCCGUGAUGUCCAAUGUGCCGAAGGCAACACCAAAUCAACGGAAGGGCCAUGGAGAGCUUUUUUCAACGCAGAUGAGCCAUGCGUUCUUUUCUGCAUAAACGAUGAAGCUAUUGUACGCAAAAUUUUUCCACGUGCCAAAGAUGGUACACCUUGCAAGCCAGGGACGAGAUACACCUGUAUUUCUGGAAUAUGUACUAAAGUUGGGUGCGAUUUUGUUAUUGGUUCAGAUGCUGUAGAUGAUAUUUGUGGCAUCUGCAAUGGUGAUGGAACUGAAUGCGAAAUCGUUGAGAACUUCUACAAUCACACAGGCCAAGAUUACCAAGAGGUAGCCGUCAUUCCAGCAGAAAGCAGAAAUAUCAUGUUCGAAGAAUUGGGCAUGUCUCCUAACAUGUUAGCGCUGAAGGAUCUGAAAACUAAUCGUUUUCUUCUGAAUGGGAAUCACAAGGAAUCUCCAGAUAUAACCAUUAUCGUAGAUCAGACAGAGGCUCUAUAUAGACAUCCAGAACCGGACAAGGAAUUGUUAAUCAUUAAAGGACCACUUGCUACUGACAAAAUUCUCUAUGUAUGUUUUUUCAAGCCUUUUACUGUUGGGUACAAAUACCGAUACGCCAGGAUGUUGACAGACACUCGAAGGAUCGGCAUGUACCAUUGGGAGGUGUUGGAGUAUGAAAAAUGUUCAGCCAAUUGCGAGGGUGGUAUUCAAGAGCCGAUUAUAGGUUGCGUGGAAGAGAAACAAGGCAAAGUCAGCCCAAGUUUUUGCAAACAUAUCAAAAAACUCAAAACGGAAGCUAGAAAAUGCAACGAGCAUCCCUGCAAAACAAGAUGGCGUAUCGGAAAAUGGGGAAAAUGUCACGCUUGCGCCUUUCAAUCUGGGGUAAGAACAAGACGCGUAGAAUGCGUGAAAGAAUCGACACAUCCUGGAGGAGAAGAAAAUUUGGUAGAUGAUAAAGAAUGUACCGGUCCAAGGCCAGCAACGAGGGAACUAUGCAACGCUGUUAAAGUUUGCAGAUGUCGCAGAAAAACAACAUUCGGUCUUCCUAACCGACAACUCAGAGAUGUGUGGAAGCAACUCAGAAAAGUGAGUGGAAAAAAUAUAAUAAGUAUCAAGAACAGUAAUCAUGUUUUUCCAAUCGAAGACAACAAAUUAUGUCCCACUAUGCAAAACGUCAAAAAAGAAGCCAGUAAUGAGAAUGAAAUUGAAUCUUUACAAGAUACAGAAGUUAAAAUUAUCAAUUGUGAAGUUAUACCUGAAGAUGUCGAAACUAUAAUAGACAGUACCGAUAUUCCUUCAAUAUUAUCAAAAGUCAUACCAAACAAUAAUUCUUUUAGCGCGAGUGAAACAAAUCAUAAGGAUAAAAUACUAGGUGAAGCAUUGAAAACAUUGUUAAUCAAAAAACCAAGUGUAAGUAACAAUGAAAAUAUAGAGAAUGAAUAUUGUAUGGAAGUGAACAAUAUCUCGUUACCAAAUACUUGCGAAGAAGAUGAGAAGACGACUACGUGCUCCUUACAAUUUUUACAAUUCCCAACCGAGAAAACCACACCAAGGAGUCAUAAUAAAGAAUUAUCAACUGAAAAACCAAUAUGUGAAGAAAUUGAAUUUCAAGAUGAAUCUGAAGCGUCGAAAGGAAAAGUGGUGAAGGUAAACGUUGGAGAUUUGUAUGUGGAUAGAAGAAAUAGUGUCGACACAAAAAUAAUCGAAGUUCCUUUCAAAGAGACAUCGUUAACACUAAAUGCGUCAGAUUUGGCUUUCGAGCAGUUAGGCGAUGAAUUUGGGGACGAACUCAUGGUUGAUCAAACGAAAACAUUUGCUGGUAAAGAUGCUAAAACGGAAACCAGUAAAAUAAGACAGAAAGUGGGUCAUAUUCCCCAACAACCAUGAUCAUUUAUAACUUUAAGACGUUUUCAUGAUACACUAUUUUUGUCAAAUUCGUAUUAAUCACUUUAUAUAGCUUGUAGUUUUCCUUUACACACAAUACAUACAAUAUUAAAAACAAAUAAAAACACUGCAAAUUUUAAA